AUUCUUCUCCGGCUUCCGACGAUCGCCUAAAACGAUCUAAAUUCCCGAUCGGCUCCUUUUUCCGAACUCCGAUCUAUCGCCACAUUUGGAUCGUCCGUUUCGUCUACCGAUCUCAACCUGCGAAUUCGUCGGGAUCGAUCCAGUUCGGUUCCGAUCUCCGGGAGUUCCUGUGCGUAAUCGUGUAAAGGAAUUGAAGGCGAUUAAUCGAUUACUUGGUGAUAUUGAAUGUUGAGAUCUGGGAGGUGAGGGAGGAAUAUGGGGAGUUUGAUGGGGAGUAAUUCGGCGGCGGCGCAUCGGAGGUUUCUUCCGGGUGCGGUGUUGGAAUGCCGUGGGGGAAUCGGAUCCGGAUCCGUUUCUUAUGUCGGGGGUAGUUCCUUGUUUGGGUGCCAAGUGAGGUCACAGUUACGGAGGUCUCCUUUAUUGCUGUCUGAAUUGUUAUGGUCCUCUGAUAGAUUUGCUCUGCUGAAAGAGGACAUUUCAAUGGCGGCAGCUCAUCGGCCUUCUGCAGUUCCUGGAUCAUUUGAGUCCAUGUUUGCCACCCAUCAUUCUUCCCAGAUUGCACAGAAAUUCAAACUUGAAGGAAAUAUGGAACUCCAGGUUGAUAUAAGGCAACCCAGUUCAGGUCAUGUUCAGAUUGAUUUAAAAGUUUCCAAUAGCAGCAAUGGCCUAUUUCUUCAUUGGGGUGCAAUAAAAUCUGAGAAAUACAAGUGGAUUCUUCCUCACUGCCGCCCAAAUGGAACCAUGGUAUAUAGGAACAGCGCACUUCGAUCUCCUCUCAUGCAAUCGGGGUCUGAUGCAGUUGUGAGGUUAGAUAUAGACGAUCCUGCAAUACAAGCCAUAGAGUUUGUUAUAUAUCACAAGCCCCGAAAUAAAUGGAUAAAAAAUAAUGGCAAGAACUUCCAGGUCAAAAUGCCUCCCAGAGAACCACAGAUGGCUAUGAGAGGACCACAUUCAAAUGUUGCUAUUCCUGAGGAUCUUGUGCAGAUCCAAGCAUACUUGAGGUGGGAGAGGAAAGGAAAACAUACAUAUAACCCUGAACAAGAGAAAGAUGAAUAUGAAGCGGCAAGAACUGAACUUUUAGAGGAAAUAUUGAAGGGUACUUCCAUAGUGGACAUUCGAGCGCGAUUAACAAAGAAAAAUCAUGCAGUUAAUCUCAAAGAGCAGACUUCUGACAAAGUGAAGGACAUUAUACCCACAGAGCUGCUGCAAACCCAAGCAUAUAUACAGUGGGAGAAAGCAGGAAAACCAAUCUAUUCUGCAGAAGAACAGCUUAAACAAUUUGAAGAAGCAAGCAGAGAAUUGCAAUUUGAACUUGAAAAGGGCAUUUCACAUGAUGAGUUGCGGAAGAAGGUUUUAAAGGGAGAAAUACAAACUAAGGCUGCCAAGAAAGUAGAGAAAAAGGGUUAUUUCAACAUGGAAAGGAUUCAGAGGAAGAAAAGAGACCUGGGUCAACUUAUCAAUAAGGAAGCUUCUGGGCAUGUAGUGCAAAUAUUAUCUGCAAUUGAGCUGCAUGCCAAGUCUAAGGAAGGACAUAUUGAUGGUCCUAUAGUAACGAAGAAAAUAUAUAAGAUUCAUAACAAUGAACUUUUGGUACUUGUAGCAAAACCCUCGGGUAAGACAAAAGUUUAUCUGGCGACAGAUCUUAAUGAACGUGUAAUUCUUCAUUGGGCUCUAUCCAGUAAGCCUGGAGAAUGGCUGGCACCACCUUCAAACGUGUUGCCUCAUGGAUCAGUUUCCUCACGUAAUUAUGCUGAAACCCCAUUUUCAUGCAGUCCUGAUAAUUUGUCUUAUAAGGUCCAAUCCUUAGAAAUUACAAUUGGAGGUGGAGAUUUUAUUGGCAUGCCAUUUGUUCUUUUGUGUGGUAAAAACUGGAUAAAAGACAAGGGGUCAGACUUUUAUACCGAGUUUGAUGCUCAACCUAUGAAGGAUGGUAGGGGGAUGGCAAAGGCUUUGUUGGAUAAAAUAGCAAACAUGGAAAGUGAAGCUCAGAAAUCCUUCAUGCACAGGUUUAAUAUUGCAGCUGACUUGACAAAAGAAGCCACAGAGGCUGGUGAGUUAGGUUUUGCAGCAAUUGUUGUGUGGAUGCGGUUUAUGGCUACAAGACAGCUUAUAUGGAACAAAAACUACAAUGUAAAGCCACGUGAGAUUAGCAGAUCUCAGGACAGGCUGACAGAUAUGCUGCAGAAUGUUUACAUAAAUUUUCCACAAUACCGUGGACUAUUGCGCAUGAUUAUGUCAGCUGUGGGGCGUGGAGGAGAAGGAGAUGUAGGGCAGCGCAUCAGGGAUGAAAUACUGGUUAUUCAGCGGAAGAAUGAUUGCAAGGGUGGAAUGGUGGAGGAAUGGCACCAGAAGCUGCAUAAUAACACUAGCCCUGAUGAUGUUGUGAUAUGUCAGGCAUUAAUUGACUAUAUCAAUAGUGAUUUUGAUAUUGGUGCUUAUUGGAAAACUUUGAAUUCCAAUGGAAUUACAAAGGAGCGCCUAUUAAGUUAUGAUCGUGCUAUUCAUUCUGAACCAAAUUUUAGAAAAGACCAGAAGGAAGGCCUCUUACGUGAUCUAGGAAGCUAUAUGAGAACAUUGAAGGCAGUCCAUUCAGGUGCUGAUCUUGAGUCUGCCAUUGGAAAUUGCAUUGGUUAUAAAGCUGAGGGUGAAGGUUUUAUGGUUGGUGUACAAGUAAAACCAGUAUCAGGCUUGCCAUUGGGAUUUCCGGAAUUGCUUAAGUUCAUCUUAAAUCAUGUGGAAGAUAAAAAUGUGGAAGCUCUCCUUGAGGGUUUGCUAGAGGCUCGUGAAGAGCUUAGGCCAUUACUUUCCCAACCAAACAACCGCCUCAAGGAUCUUCUGUUUCUUGAUAUUGCUCUUGACUCUUCUGUGAGGACAGCUGUAGAAAGGGGGUACGAGGAGCUGAAUACUUCAAAUCCAGAGAAAAUUAUUUAUUUCAUCUCUCUUGUUAUUGAGAAUCUUGCGCUCUCUGUGGAUGAUAACAAAGAUUUUGUCUAUUGCUUGAAGGGGUGGAACCAAGGUCUGAGCAUGUUAAGAAGUGGAAGCCAUUCGUGGGCUUUAUUUGCAAAAUCAGUCCUUGACAGGACCCGACUCGCUCUUGCAAGCAAAGCAGAGUGGUACCAUCAUCUAUUGCAACCAUCUGCGGAAUAUCUUGGAUCAAAACUUGGGGUGAAUCAGUGGGCAGUCAAUAUAUUCACUGAAGAAAUUAUUCGUGCUGGAUCAGCUGCUUCCUUAUCCUCCCUUAUCAAUCGACUUGAUCCGGUUCUUCGACAAACGGCACAUCUUGGAAGUUGGCAAAUCAUCAGUCCAGUUGAGGCUGCAGGUUACAUUGUUGUCGUGGAUGACUUGCACUCUGUUCAAAACAUAUCUUAUGACGAGCCAACAAUUUUGGUAACAAAAACUGUAAAUGGAGAAGAGGAAAUUCCUGAUGGCGCCGUUGCUGUGCUAACACCAGACAUGCCAGAUGUCCUUUCUCAUGUUUCUGUUAGAGCAAGAAAUGGAAAGGUUUGCUUCGCAACAUGCUUUGAUCCUAAUAUUCUGGCUGACCUUCAAGCAAAGGAGGGAAAGAUUUUGAGCUUAAAGCCCAUCUCUGGUGAUAUAUUAUACUGUGAGGUGAAAGAGGAUGAUCUAAUGAGAAUGAUUCACAUUAUGGAUGGUGACUCUUCUCAGUCCUUGACAUUGGUAAAAAAACACUUUGCCGGUAGAUAUGCAAUAGCAUCUCAGGAGUUCACCAGUGAAUUGGUUGGUGCUAAAUCGCGCAAUAUUGCACAUUUGAAAGGAAAGGUGCCAUCUUGGAUAGGGGUUCCUACUUCAGUGGCCCUUCCUUUUGGAGUUUUUGAUCAAGUUCUUUCUGACGUUAUUAAUCAGGAUGUGGCAGAAAAAGUGCUUGUUCUCAAGAAAAGAUUGUCUGCAGGAGAGUUCAGUGUCUUUUCUGAAAUCAGAAAAACAGUUUUAGAACUUUCUGCCCCAUCUCAACUGGUCAAUGAACUCAAAGACAAGAUGCAAAGGUCAUGUAUGUCGUGGCCUGGUGAUGAAAGUCCUAAGAGGUGGGAACAAGCUUGGACCGCAAUAAAAAAGGUGUGGGCUUCAAAGUGGAAUGAGAGAGCAUAUCUUAGCACAAGAAAAGUGAAAAUAGACCAUGAUUGUCUUUGUAUGGCUGUACUUGUUCAAGAGAUAAUAAAUGCUGACUAUGCAUUUGUUAUCCAUACAACUAACCCAUCCUCUGGAGAUUCAUCUGAGAUAUAUGCUGAGGUUGUCAAAGGCCUAGGUGAAACGUUGGUUGGGGCUUACCCAGGCCGUGCCAUGAGUUUUACCUGCAAAAAGAAUGACCUCAGCUCUCCUCAGGUGCUAGGCUACCCAAGCAAAGCCACUGGACUUUUCAUAAGGUCAUCUAUUAUCUUCCGCUCAGACUCAAAUGGUGAAGAUUUAGAAGGUUAUGCUGGGGCAGGGCUUUAUGACAGCGUGCCAAUUGAUGAGCCGGAGAGAGUCGUACUCGAUUACACAGACGAUCCAUUGAUAAUGGAUGUUGACUUCCGCCAAUCGGUGCUCUCGAAAAUUGCGAGUGCUGGGAGUGUGAUUGAGGAGCUGUGUGGAUGUGCUCAAGACAUUGAAGGUGUUGUGAAGGAUGGACAGGUUUAUGUUGUUCAGACAAGACCUCAGAUGUGAUCUCCCCACUCAACACUCGUGCUGUGUGCAACUGCAAUAACAUUAAGGUUGUUAACAUGGGCUUGCAUUUCUUGUUGGAAAAAAGGUACACUUUUGUUUGUGAUGCAACAAACAAUUUCAUAUGCCCACAGCUAAGACUACAUUAUAAAAGUCUACAUCUCUUUUUUUUUUCUUUCUACAAUUAAAAUUGUAAGAGUUGUACAGUACUGUGUGCCUGUGGUUUGGUUAUAAAUGAGAAUCUGUAUG